AUGGAUGAAGUUAAAAAAAUGCUUGGGUUUGAUUAUGGGUUUUCAAAUGGUGCGUGGAAUGGGAAAUUGUGGAUGUUGUGGAUGAAUGAUGUUAAUAGGGUGUUGUGGGAUGAGCUUGCAAGGGAGAGUAAUUCUAAUGAUCCUUGGUUGGUAACAAGGGAUUUUAAUAUUAUAGCGAAUGAUGGGGAGAGACGCGGUGGUAGGCCUGGAUCUGUGGUGGCCAUGGAGGAGUUUAAUUCUUGGAUACAUAAUUGUGGUUUAAUGGAAUUGAAAUAUUUGGGUAAGAGUUAUUCUUGGUGCAAUGGGCAUGCCGGAAAUUCAAGGAGUUGGGCUCGGUUGGAUCGUUCCUUGGUUGAUCAACAGUUUCUUGGUGCUUUUCUGGAUUCAGUUAUGAGAUAUUUACCUCGUACAUCAUCGGAUCAUGCUCCUAUGGUCAUUUCGUUCGUGAAGAGUUUUGAAGGCAAUGGGCCGGCGCCUUUUCGUUUUCAGCAAAUGUGGGUGGAUCAUGUUGAUUUUGUUAGAUGUGUUCGUGAGGCUUGGGACCAAAAUGAUGUUGGUGGUGCUCUCAUGAAAAUGGUGGCAAAAUUGAAAAGGGUGAGAGUUGCUCUAAAAGCAUGGAAUAAGGUAGUUUUUGGGUGGACGAGUGGGCACAUUCAGGAGUUGGAGUCUCGUAUAGAGAGGUUGGAUGAACAGUUGCAAGUGAGAUAUGAAGAAGAUGUGGAGCUGGACUUGUUGGCUUCAAAGAUGGAACUAGACACCUGGACUAAUCGUGAAGAGAUUCGAUUGGCUCAGUGUGCCAAAGUUAGAUGGUAG